AUGGCGGGCGCGGGUACGGGCUCUCCGCAGCCGCCGCGCGAGGUGCACUUCUGGCCGCUCGUGUCCGAGGUGAGCUGGCGCGGCGACGCCGAGCGCAAGUCGUCGCGCCUGCCGCACUUCUUGCAGCGCUUCUCGCUGCACCGCUUCAGGAAGGAGCGGGACAAGGGCAAGGACAGGGAGAAGGGAAAGGGCGGAGCCGGCAGCGGCCGUGCGGAAGCGGCGGCCGGCGCGAAGCGGGCGGCCGACGGCGGCGGCGAGGGCGAAGGCGGCGAGCAGCUGGUGCGCUGGGUGCCGCUGCGCGCCAAGCCGCCGCUGCCGCCGCAGACGCACGCCCCCGCGCGCCGCCUGCUCGAAACCAGCCUCGACGCCGACGCCACCCCCGCAGCCCCCGCCGCCCCAGCCGCCGACGCGGCCGACUCUGCACACCAGCUGGCCCCGCCCGCCGGCGCACCCCUGCGCGCCAAGUCCGUCGAGUUCCUGCUCGACAAGGAGAACCACGCCGCCGCACAGCCCCCUGAGAAUGAGCUGCAGAAGAUUGGGUGCAACAGGACGAUGUCUGAACACCAGAUGCGCGUGCAGCGCUCGCUGCAGAAGCUGCACGUGCCCGACUGGUAUAAGAAGUCGACGGUGGCCAGCCGGCCCGAGGGCUUCUUGCUCAAGCGCGGCAGCACCAACUCGGCGCUGCACCACUGGCCCGGCCUCGGCUCCAAGACCACGUCGCUCUCCAGCCUCGGCUCGACCAGCCUAACCGCCUCGCGCUCGCCGACUAGGAAGCACUGCUGGAACCGACCGGCUAACUCCCCUCAUCAAAGCAUCCAGACACAUCGUCAAAGACAGACUCCGGCUUUCGAAGAGCUUAAACAACCCAGCGACAGUCAACAGUUCAGAGGCAACCUGCUGAGCCCGAGCCCGGGCCCGCACGUGUACAUGCGCUGGAGCACGAGCCGGCUCAACAGCGGCGGCACGUCUGCGAGCACGUCGCCGUGCGGGUCGCUGCGCUCGUCGUUCAACUACCGCCAGCCGUACCUGGGCUGGCGCUCGCAGGAGCGGCUGACGCAGCCGCGCACGCCCGCGGAGCGUCUCGCCGCCGGCCUGCUGCCAAAGCUCAACCCGCCUCGGCCGCCGCACCCGGACGCCGACGCGGACGCUGACGCCGAAGCCGACAAAGCCGCUGGCGAUGAAAAGGUCUCAAAUUUGUCCGAAGUCCAGACAUCUAUAAAAGAAGUGACAUCAGCCAUUGUCCACUAUGUUUCUGGAGUCAAGGAUGGCCAAAAUGAAAACAUGCCAAGCAGCAACAGGCACAGCCCACGAGGCAGUGGACGACUCUGCUGGUUAGAGAGCUCAUUUGUGGGGAGCAGACCAUUAGAUUCACCGGAAACUCCGCUCCUGCUUACAAGCACAAAAACAUUUGGCAGUGACAGUGAUCCUACUGCUACCAAUAUUGGCAUGGUACCCAUGGACAAGAGUGGCACUGCAGCAAAUGAACUGUAUCUGGAGCUUAGUAAUACAGCCACUGAAACCUUCAACACACGUCAGUUGAAUGGAGCACCUUGCAAAAGGCCAAGUCCAAGUUCAACCACACUGGAAGAUGUACUGGACUCGUUACUGGGCUUACCUCCAGCUUCUCGGUCACCCAGUCCAGGACCUGUUCAUGCAACUGACUUCGCAGGAUUAAAACUUGGCAGAAUGAGGCCAUCCAUGCUGGAGCAGUGUCAUCUGGAGGAAAUGGACCACCAAUGCAGUAAAUGCAGUAACAGUGAAAGACAUUUACAGUGUAAGUGUGGAAACAAUAUUAAUCAGUCAUUUGCAAACAGUUGACUAUGUUCUAAAAUAAUCAGUAUGUAGAAAACAGUGGUUGGCUGUAUGUUCAAAUGUGCUAGAAGUGUGAUAUACUAUAUAAAAAUGCAUCCUUUUAAUUAAUCUUGACUUCACCAGUGAAACUGAAUUUAUUAUGUGUCAUAUGUCUGAAUAUAAACAGUUGUUUACCCAAAGCUUAAAUUUUUAUGCCAGUUGUUGCUUGUAUACACUGUACAGCCAGGCGCUCAUAUAAUUAUUGUGAAUGUAUGGUUAAGGUAUCGGUUAGGCAGAGAAAUGCAAUGUAUGACCUAAAUUUAUGUGUAAAAUAUGUCCCUGAAGUGGAUGAAGCCCAUCAUAGUGUUCCUGCAGAAUAAAAUAUGCUGCAAUAGCAGAAGCCUUUAUUUAGACUGUUUUGUGAGCUGUAUACUGUCUGAUGUUACCUGAAAAUAAUAAACAAAUGUUAUUCUUGACACCAAGUUACUGUGAUAUAAGCUUACCUAAUGUAAUACUUCAAUGUAGCUCAAUUUAUUGUGUAUUACCUAUAAAAUGUAGAUGUUCUCCUGAAUUAAUUUAUAAUUAAGAAAUGAUUGAUGACAAGCAGAAAAAUCCAGUGUAUUAUAUUAAUUAAAAUAUUGUGAGCUGGAUUAGUGAGGAAUCUGUGGUUAACCAUUAUCAUCAGUACAAGUUGUAUAAAGCUAACCUGAAUAGUAUUAAUAUAUUAUUUUAGUCAUACCUUCUUGGGCUGUCAGGCACAUCUACCAGGAUGUACCUUGCUCUAAGACAGAUCUUUGCUGGGCCACAAUGGUAAACCUACAGUGCCUUUGUCAGCUAUAUUAUGUGUUGUUUUCAUCUAUUCUAUUCCUGGAAAACUGAGAAAUAAAUCUCUUUACACCAUGACCCAACUAUCUAACAUGUGUUACUCGUAUAUGUUAGUGAUAUAAUUGUCAUUUCCAUAAGUGUCCAGUUAAGUAACAAGGUUUAUAAUCAGGGUGAUAGAAGCAAUCCUAGUGAUGCAAAGCUUAUUGGACUGUAGCUACAAAUGCUGAGAAACUAUGUGAGAUACUAUAUAUGUAAGUUAUGAUGGAGCAAAGAAUAAUUAUGGUACUAUAAAAUCUUAUUCUCAGCUAUUAAAUU